AUGAAACUAGAAAAUCAAACUCAGCUGUUAGAAUUCCUUCUCCUGGGAUUCUCAGAGGACCCAGCACUGCAGCCUCUCAUCUUUUGGCUGUUCCUCUCCAUGUACCUGGUCACUGUAAGUGGGAACCUGCUCAUUAUCCUUGCCAUCAUCUCAGACUCACGCCUCCACACACCCAUGUACUUCUUCCUCGCUAACUUGUCCUUCUCUGACAUUUGCUUCAUCUCCACCACCAUCCCCAAAUUGCUGGCAAAUAUACAGACACAGAGCAGAGCUAUCAGCUAUGCAGGCUGCAUCACACAGAUGUACUUUUUUAUAUUCUUCAUAGGAUUGGAAAUGUUACUCCUGACUGUGAUGGCCUAUGACCGGUUUGUGGCCAUCUGUCACCCCCUGCACUACAUGGUCAUCAUGAACUCCGGACUCUGUGUACAGCUCGUUCUGUUGUGCUGCCUCAUUGAGGUUCUGAAUGCACUUACGCAGAGCUUACUGGUGCUGAGGCUGAGCUUCUGCGCACUCGUGGAAAUCCCUCACUUUUUCUGUGAGUUGAAUCAGGUGGUCCACAGAGCCUGUUCUGACACCUUUCUCAAUGACCUCAUAAUGUAUCUUGCAGCUGUGCUGCUGGGAGGAGGUCCCCUGUCUGGGAUCCUCUACUCCUACUCUAAGAUCACCUCCUCCAUCCGUGCCAUCUCAUCAGCUCAGGGCAAGUAUAAAGCCUUUUCCACCUGUGCCUCUCACCUCUCUGCCAUCUCCCUAUUUUGUGGCACAGGACUAGGUGUGUACCUCAGUGCCAGCGCUGCCCCAAGGUUAGCCUCUAUUGCAGCAGCCUCAGUGAUGUACACAGUGAUCACCCCCAUGCUGAACCCCUUCAUCUACAGCCUGAGGAACACAGACAUGAAGAGGGCUAUGAAAAGGUUACUGUUCCAUAGAUGA